AGCUUGCAUUGUCACACUUGCUUGAAUGUGGGCAGUUCCCACGGUUCCCACAAUGGUAAUAGACUCGGCAACGCUCGGCAGUUAUUCUCUGUGUUCUCUGUGGCACUGCGGACCGAUGCGGAGUACGAAAGUUAGGUCGGCCAUGUUUAUUUGUGGUACGUGAGAAAUGUCGUUGUUUAAGAAGCCGAAGAAAAAUAUAAGAAGAAGAGUUAUUGGAAGCAUUGAAGAUGAAGAAGGAGGCGAUGAAAAUGAGAAAAAGAUGGAAGUCGAAGAAGAGGAAAAUAUCGCUCAACCACAAACUAAUGUAACAACGAAAAUAAAGGACAAGAAAAAGGAAAGGCGGAAGCAAACCGUCCUGAGUUUUGAAGAAGAACUGAAUGAAGCUGAUGAUGGAGAAGUGUUCCAGGUGAAGAAGUCAACACAGAGUAAGAAGAUCAUGAAGCUGCUUGACAGAGAGAGGAAGAAGAAAAAGGAGGUGAAAAAAGAAGGAGAGAAAAUAGAAGCUGCUGAACAUGAAAAUAAAAUGGAGGAUCCAUCAGAACUUGUGGUGGUUGUGAAGCCAACACAUAAGACAGCAGUGGGUAACAUUCUCAAUGGACGGGCAGCAGAGGUGGCAGGCUGUGAGGGCAACAGUUCUUCAGAUGAUGAUGAUGAUGAUGAUGAUGGUGAUGCUCACCCACGAUUCUCACGACCAGACCACGUGAAACUGCUCUUGGAAAGUGGCCGGAUUCCAGACGCAGCCAUGAUCCACGCUGCACGCAAACGUAGACAGCUGGCUCGGGAGAUGGGGAAUGACUACAUCCCAAUUGAGAACAAUUCCAUCAACAAGAAGCCUGAUGCAGGGAAGCGAUUGAUGCGCGAGGAGGAUGAGGAAGGGAGCGAUGAAGAGAGAAUUACAAUGGCAGUGAACACGGCUGCCAGAGACCGGGAACGGCGUAGGGAAGCAUUCAUGGCAGCUCAGGACACAGAUGCAGGGGAGGAGAGUGGAAAGGGAGAGGAUGAUGAAUGGGAGUCGCAACAGAUCAGGAAGGGUGUGAGUGGUGCGCAGUUGGCAAUAGUGCAGCAGGAGUCUCUGCAUUUUCACCAGUAUGCUGUGGUUCCCAUGAUGCCUGCUCCAUUGCCUGCUCCCAGCCUGACGAUGGAACCCAUGCCGAUUGCUGCAGGGUGUCCCCCAAUGAUUCUGCAUGGUGUUGGCCCCCCAUCACCCACACAGGCAGACGCAGCUAUGCCACAAGCCAUUGCGAGCAAGUUGCGCGACAGGUUGGCAAGCCUACAGGAACUUCAUAGUCGUCACCAGAUGGACCUGGCCCGUGUGACUGAUGAGUUAGCAUCGACAAAGGCAGAGCAUGAACGCCUGGAGACGGAGCAGCCUGUGCUGGCCCAGAAGUUUCGCUACUACCAAGAGUUGCGUGGGUAUGUGACAGACUUGGUAGAGUGUCUAGAUGAGAAGGUAUCUGUCAUCGCAGCUCUGGAGCAGCGCAUGCUAAGUUUGUUGAAGAAGCGGGCAGAUGAGCUGAUGGAGCGGCGACGGCAGGAUGUGCGGGAUCAGGCAGAGGAGCUUGCACCCUCCAUGGCAGCCAGGUCUUGUCCACCAUCUGGUCCGAAGCGUAGUCGUGAGGAGGAAGAGGCGCACACUAGACGAGCAGCGGAAAGGGAAGGGCGGCGCACUAGACGGCGUAGAGCCAGGGAAAUGAAGAGUGGCAGCACUGCAAAACAUGUAGAUGGAAUGUCUAGUGACGACGAGAUGACGGAGCUUGAGGCCACAGCCUUCCGGAAUCAGAGAGAUACGAUCGAGUCAGAUGCGCGACUGGUAUUCUCAGAUGUGGUGGAUGAAUUCUGCUCUGUACGUGGUGUGGCUUCACGGUUUGAGAGUUGGCGCAACACGGAUGCUGUUGCAUAUCAAGAAGCAUAUGUCAGCCUGUGCUUGCCCAAGGUCUUGGGGCCACUUGUGCGUCUCAAGAUGCUCUUGUGGAACCCUCUACAGGAUGGGUGCUUGGAGUUUGAGCGUGCCAAGUGGUAUGACACGCUGAUCCUGUACGGGCUGAAGGAGGGUGAGACGGAGGACGGGCUGAAGCAGGAUCCAGACCUGCAGCUGGUGCCCAUUAUUAUAGAAAAGGUGCUUCUCCCAAAGCUGACUCAGUUGGUAGAGGCAGUCUGGGACCCUUUGUCCACAUCACAGACGCUGCGUUUGGUGGGGCUUCUGAACCGCCUCAUGCAGGAGUACCCCACAAUGCUGCCCUCUAGCAGAGCGCUCGAACAACUCGUAACUGCUAUCAUUGCCAAAAUGAAGUCUGCAGUUGAGAACGACAUGUUCAUUCCAAUAUACUCCAAGCAGGUGCUUGGUGGCAGUGGCGGAAUCUUCUUUCAGCGCCAGUUUGGGAUGGCAGUGAAAUUGCUGCGGAACCUGCUGGCGUGGCAGGGUGUUGUGGCUGACCGUGUGCUGCGCGACGUGGCACUUGGCUCACUGCUGAAUCGGUAUCUGUUGGCAGCCCUGCGCACCUGUGAGCCUGUGGAUGCUGCAGAGAAGUGCAGCAUGAUUGUGUCUACAUUCCCAUGCUGGUGGUUCCAGUCACAGCAGCAGGGAGACUGUGUGUGUCUGCCACAGUUGCAGAUGUUCACUGCUCAGCUGAAAACGAUCGCUCAGUGUCUGGAUGUCUCAACACCAGCGGGCAGGGAGGCGAUGGAGCAACUGGCAAAGAUCCUGCAGACGCUUCAGGCACAGUGAUGACAAGUGACUGAUGUUAUAUUGCUGUUUCUUAAUGUAACUUAUUGUGGUGACGUGUUAAUACAUUCAUAUUGAUCGGCUG